AUGGCUAUGAGGACUUUGCCCCUCGAAAUUGUGGGCAUGAUCAUAGAGAAUGUCGACAUGGUCCCGGAUCUUUUAAAUUGUGUCUGCGUCAACAGCACCUGGAAUGUGAUAGCCUCGAGGAAACUCUACAGAGGCUGCCAGAACGACAUGCAAUUCCGCACACCAGACAUCGAGGUCCUUAUGUGUCUAUAUGUAGCAUCAAGAGAACGCUUUACUCGGAAUAUGAAUUUUGUGAGGCACUUGCUACUCUCUCCCGAGGCCCCCACGAUUGAUGUAGCGGCGUUCCCAAGUAUCAGGCUUGCAGGCUUCGAGAAAGACGGUUCUGUACGCUACAGCAAAUUUGCUGAGCAUCUCAUCAAGUCGGUAGGAGGGCGUCUUGAAAGUCUUACGAUCCCCUUUGACUUAAUGGGUCAAGCUUGGUCGACCAUUUCUGAUCUCCUUCUCAGUCCCACCAUUGAAUUUUUAGCUAUUGAUGGGCGAUAUUGUGAAACAUUGCUGGCCAGUCCAGUCUACAUUCAAAGGCUCAACUUAUCUGCUGGUAAAUUUUCAAACCUCAAAGCUCUUACAGUCUACAGAUCAGACUGCAGACAGAAGAUUGAGAAGCUUUGCCAAUUCAUAGACACUUGCGACCUGCAGUUUUUCCAAAUGGAACACAAGUGCACAGAAGACUGUUUAACUGAGCAGGCUAGUCUGGAUCUUUUGCAGUGCCUUGGACGACAGAAUAACCUCAAGACGUUGGCUCUGAUCAUUCCUGAAAAAGCCCUCGCUUUUGGAUUGACUGAUUGCCUGUCGUCCGCGGAUAAACAAAGGAAUAUAUGGCCGGAGUUGAGGUCGUUAGAGCUGAGCUUUGCAAACCGGUACUUGCUGGAGCAAUUGCCAAAUUUCAAGGAGAAGCUUCAAGUCCUCACUUUACAUGCACUCGAUACUGAGAUCCCCUUCUCUGUCGGUGAGGUAGCAAUCAAGAACAUUAGCCAAUGCCGAAAUCUCCGGGCCAUCGAGAUUAUCCUCCCUGAACUUAUCAACUGGGAUGCGCUCUUGGUCAUGGCGCGCGGGUGCUCUCUCCUACGCAAGUUCAGUGUAUGGCUUAGCGUGAGAGAAGAGAGUUUGUCUGAUUCUGUUUUCAGGGCUAUUGUGCGUGCCCUGCCGCAUCUCGAGGCUCUUGAACUCAAUGCCGUCUUUCAAAUGGAUGCCACAAGCUUUCAGGAGCUCGCACAAAUCUGUCCUCAGCUCAUUAUACUCGACAUGCCUUGUACUGUAGUGCAUCUAUCUGCUGAGGAUUUAACAAACUUCCAACCAUUCCAGCAGCUACAAUCACUGACUGUUCAAACGAUAGCCUUCGAGAAUGCACAUCGCUUCAAGGAGCAGUGCACAGUCCAGAGCCUUGCAGAGGAAUGGCGCAAGGUAUUCCCAAAGCUUCGAGCAAUCCCAUGUCUUGGGGACAUGCACCUCCCACCGAUAGCAAAAUCGAGUUUAGAUGAGGACUCAUCAGAAGAAGAUCAAAUGUCCCUUUGUGAAACUAAUCUGGACGAUGAAACAGAAGAAGAAACGGGCAGCAACACCGAGGAAGAACUAUUACCUAGUCCAGCGCUGGUCACGAAUGACUACAAAUCCGACAGGUUCAAGUUACGCAUGAAAUUGUGGAAAGCACUUGGUUAUAGGGAAGAUCAAAUGGUCCAGGUUCAGGUUCAGGCUAUGUGGCGGACAACUCUGCAAAUUGAGACGGUCGGCUGGCCUGUGAUUCCUUCAGAGGCUUUUGUCAGUCCGAAUUCGUAUUCGACAUCGGCCAAUGAAGCUGAGGAUGUGGAGGCUAGUUGCUUGCCAUCAGUCUGA